AUGAUGAGCCGUGGACGAAUUUUAGUUAAUAUGGUAGAAGGAAGAGAUAAAGAAAACGUGACCCCUCCUCCUGUCGUACACGCUCACAAUGAGACACUUGAACCAACCGUUGAAGUUGUAGGCGAGCCUAUCCCGAGCACAUCCAAACAACAGGAGCAUGGUCCGUUCUAUUAUAUUUCACCAAUACACAGCGAUGAAAGUGUUAUUGAUGACUCCGACACAGAUCCCACUUUCCGAGUCGUUCCUAAAGGUAAGACCUUGCCUAAAGUUGUGCCAUCAUCUUCAAAUUCGUCCAGCACCAACACUAGCUCCUCGAGUUCGUCAUCUGGUGACAGUUCGUCAUCUUCUGAUAAUUCGUCGGACACCGAAAAUGGUACAGAGCAUGAAGACCCUCAACGUGUUGUGGCUGCUGAAAUUAUUAACCAAGAUCCUGUGAUAGAAAAAAGAAUUCCACUUGUAUUAUCACAGACUAAUAAAGAACCCAUCUGCAGUACAAAGUUAUAG